GAGUCCCGCCUUCCUAAACGUAUUCCGUCAUUUGCGUGUGACGUCACCAGACGGCGCUACACCCCUCAGCUGUGAGGAGAGAACCGGAGAACGGGACGAGGUGCGGCCUACACUGACCGAGAGAGAGAGCGGGGAGGCGCUGGUCCUUCGCUUUCUGGCAGAAUCUGCUGAAUCUGAAUCAAUCUAAAGCAAUGUCAGAAGGGGAGAAUAAAGCGGCGGGCACAGGCUCUGACCCCAAAUCUGAAAGUGUGGCGUCCAUGUCCCCUCCAGUGAGCGCCCCGGCAGUGGCAGCCGCAGAAGAGGAAGAGGAGGAGAGUGAAGACGAAUCUGAGAUUCUGGAGGAGUCUCCCUGUGGACGCUGGCAGAAGAGGCGAGAAGAGGUGAACCAGCGCAAUGUACCUGGCAUCGACAGUGCCUAUCUGGCCAUGGACACGGAAGAAGGGGUGGAGGUGGUCUGGAACGAGGUGCAGUUCUCCGAGAGGAAGAACUUCAAGCUGCAGGAGGACAAGGUGAAAGCGGUUUUUGAUAACCUCAUUCAGUUGGAACAUCUGAACAUUGUCAAGUUCCACAAGUACUGGGCAGACGUCAAGGAGAAUCGGGCACGGGUUAUAUUUAUUACUGAAUAUAUGUCUUCUGGAAGCCUCAAACAGUUCCUGAAGAAGACCAAGAAGAACCACAAGACAAUGAAUGAAAAGGCGUGGAAGAGAUGGUGUACCCAGAUCUUAUCUGCGCUUAGUUAUCUACAUUCGUGUGACCCUCCUAUUAUCCAUGGGAACCUCACCUGUGACACCAUCUUCAUCCAGCACAACGGACUCAUCAAAAUUGGAUCUGUCUUUCAUAGGAUUUUUGCUAAUGUGGCUCCGGACACAAUCAACAACCAUGUCAAGACCUGCCGGGAGGAACAGAAGAAUCUACAUUUCUUUGCCCCAGAGUAUGGAGAGGUGACCAAUGUGACCACGGCGGUGGACAUCUACUCCUUCGGGAUGUGUGCGCUGGAGAUGGCUGUGCUGGAGAUCCAAGGAAAUGGAGAAUCGUCAUAUGUCCCUCAGGAAGCCAUAAAUAACGCCAUCCAGUUUCUGGAGGAUCCGCUGCAGAGGGAAUUCAUCCAGAAGUGUUUGGAAAUUGACCCCAACACACGCCCGACUGCCCGUGAGCUCCUCUUCCACCAAGCUCUGUUCGAGGUUCCGUCUCUAAAAUUACUGGCUGCGCACUGCAUUGUGGGACACCAGCAUAUGAUCCCGGAAAACGCUCUGGAAGAGAUGACCAAGAACCGCGAUAUGAGCGCAGUCAUGGCCGAGAUAAUGAACGCCGACCCUGAAUGUAACCGGAUGAUAUACUCGCAGUCCCCGGCGCUGGAAUUAGACAAGUUCCUGGAAGAUGUCCGGAACGGUAUUUACCCCCUGACUGCCUUUGGGUUGCAACGUCCUCAUCAGCCCCAGCAGGAGGUGGUGAUAUCUCCGGUGGUUCCACCAUCAGUGAAGACCCCAACACCAGAGCCUGCAGAGUUGGAAACCCGGAAGGUGGUUCAGAUGCAAUGCAACAUCGAGACGGUGGAGGAGGGGGCCAAGCACCAUGUAAGGGAACCGGGAUGUUCUCUGACUUUGUUCCUGAAGCUGGAAGACAAACUGAACCGACAUUUAAGCUGUGACUUGUUACUCAAUGAGAAUAUUCCGGAGUUGGCGGCAGAGUUGGUGCAAUUGGGGUUUGUCAGUGAGACCGACCAGAGCCGGCUCACCUGUUUACUUGAAGAAGCGUUCAGUAAAUUCUUCUUCGCUCGGAAUGGAAACAUAGCGGCGGUGACGGUGUCCUCCUAGCAAUCACAGAGUUCUGCCGUCACUGUAUUGCUGCCAAGCCUCCACUCCGCACUUUAUGGAGGUGUUCCCGGCUGCUGGCAGUUACCUCACCCUUUACAUCCACCGCUAGGAGCGCCAGACUCUGCUGGGAAUGGUGGCAGUUGCUCUGCCUUCUGUUUACACAAAGAAAACGUUAGGAUAAUGUCCGACACAAAUGGCAGCGCCCCCUGGUGGAGGGGAGGGGUGACACAUGGGAAUGAACCAGAUGGAGGCGUGUCUUCGUGCUGCAGCCCCUCCCACAUAUCUUCUCUGUUGUGUCAUUGGGUGAUGGGACAUUGGUUUCUCUACGGCCCCCCGGCGGAGGCUUGCAUCGCACCAUACAUUUCAUCUAGUAACGGUUUAGCUCUGCCGCUGUAGUAGCGCCUCCUUGUGCUCAAGCCUUAGCUUAUCUGUGUAAUGUUUACAGCUGAGUGGGGAAUCGGACGUUUUUGGAUCCAGUGGCCUCAUCCGUUCUCUGCCAGUGUCUCGGUGGAGUCAGGAAGCCAUGUUGCGUUAGACGGUUGUUUUUUGAAUGUUACAAGCAGAAAAACGGUUAAAGACGUUGCGUGUGUUUUGGCGCGAUGGCGCGCCAUAGGAGGAGACUUUGUCACGUAUGUGAAGUAGGCGAUGAUGAUGGUUAUGGGUGUUGAUGGUGGGCGGCUCAGUGGGCGUAGCUCCAUUUCUCGCUAGAGGUGUGUCUGCACUUAAAAAACAUUGACGGUUUGUGGCGUGGGUCACAUGAUGCGCACGCUGGAUCAUAGAUUCGCCAUGCUGUGAGGGGGGGGGGGGAGAGAACCCAACCUAUACGAUGCUCUUAGCUUUGCACACUAUGAAGUAACCGAAUUUCCUUACGUGAUGUCUUUUUUUUUUGUAACUAAUAAGUUUUUCGUUUUCAUUUUUUUUUUUUUUUUUUUUCUUUAAAUAAACUUGAAGUUUUGUUGUAUUUAAUUGUUGUGUCUUGGUCUA